UUUCAACCCUGAUUCUUUCACAAAGCCGUACCGUCAUGGCGCCCGGCGGCAAAAAGUCCAACUUUACCGGUGUUGGUAAAAGUAUUGGAGGCAAGGUCGUGCAGCCAAAAGGCAAAAGAGCCCAGCAGGCAAUGGGUGACGCGGCGUACUAUCCCUACAACGAUCCUACCGAGAAUGUUGUCGACGACUCCGAUCUUGAGGACGUCGACCUCGAUGAUGAAGAAGUCCAGGCCCUGGUAGAGCAAUGUCGCGUGUAUUGGGACGUCGAGGAGAAUGUGGAAGUACAUCCAGACAUCAAAAAGGAGCUGGAGAGGCGCUUGAAGGCAGGUCACAAGCUCAAAGCCUUCACCGACCAAAUCGACGAGAAUGCCACUCGAGCUGGUACACGGCUUGCACAGAUAAUUGCUACCUAUGAAAAGCAGGCUUCUGACCCAAUGGCUGACCCUGGCCCGAUCAUCGACGCCAGUGACCGAAGCGUUGGUGAAAAUGUUCCUGCUAACAAAGUCGGCUUUGUCCUCUGCCUCAACGGUAGCUAUCGUCGUGAGGAAGAUGGCUCGUUCGAGGAGAUCAAACGACGUGAUAAGAAAUGGCCGUGCCCCUGCCCGAUCUGCAGUGCACGCGCGAAGAACAGCACCAAGCUUGUCAAGACAUACCUCCGCAAUGCUCACUCGCACUUGAAGCGCCUCAAGCCCCAUGUCUGGCUUUCGGCCUGCAUGUUCAUGUUCGGCCUGACCACAAUCUGCCAGGGGCUUGUCCAAGGGUAUGGAGGAUUCCUUACCACUCGAUUCUUCCUCGGUCUCUUCGAGGCAGGCAUGUUUCCAGGAUCCUUCUAUGUGAUUAGCAUGUGGUACAAGCGCCACGAAGCUCAGAAGAGGUAUACCUUCUUCUUUGCUAGCACUACUCUCGCAGGUGCCUUUGGCGGUCUCUUGGCCUCGGCCAUCGGCAAGAUGAACGGCCUCAGAGGCUACCUCGGGUGGAGAUGGGUGUUCAUCCUUGAGGGCGUUCUCACCUGUGCGGUUUCGUUUGUCUGGUGGUUCAUCAUUAGCGACUUCCCAGAAGACGCGAAAUGGUUGAGCGAGGCCGAGCGCGAGUACCUCAAGGCGAGGCUCCGAGCUGACCAGGGCAAGUCCGCCAUUGAUCGACGAAUCACUUUCAAAGACGUGGUCAAUUGCUUCAAGGACUACAAAUUCAUCUUUGGCUGGUUGAUGUAUUUCGGCCUCAUUGUUCCUGCUUAUGGCUAUGCUUACUUUGCCCCGACGAUCAUCAAGUCCUACGGGUACGGCAACAUUCAGACUCAACUGCACUCGGUCCCACCGUGGGCUUGCGCUUUCGGUUUUAGCAUGUUGGUAGCCAUCUUGUCCGAUCGACUCCGCCACCGCUUCCUCUUUGCGAUGAUCCCCAUCUGCAUCGCCAUCACUGGGUUCGCCAUCUUGAUGAACGUCCAUCACGACGCCCACACCGAGUAUGCGGCGCUGUUCUUGAUCACCUCGGGAACGUACUCUGCUAUGCCUAUCAUUGUGUGUUGGUUCACGAUGAACCUAGGUGGCCAUCACAGGAGGAGUGUCGGAUCCGCCUGGCAGAUUGGAGCUGGAAAUAUUGGCGGAAUCAUUGCCAGUUACAGUUUCGCGGCAACGGACGCCAAAACCUUCUUCCACAAAGGUUACAGCAUCUGCAUCUCGUUCAUCUGCUUGAGCGCAGUGAGCUGCAUAUGCUAUUUCCUCGCUUGCGUUUCCCAGAAUAGAAGCCGCGCGAAAAGUCAAGAUGUCGGCUUGACCGAGUACGAAAAGACCGAACUAGGCGACAUGUCUCCCGAUUAUCGUUAUAUGCUGUAAAAAAAAGCGGGAUGUAUGAUACGCUGUAUAGCUGGACCAGACGUACAAAAAGGACAAAGAAUGUCCCUCCGCAUGCUUGGAGCGAACUGUCUUGAUCACGAACUUG